AUGCCAGGUAAUGGUUACCUUGUCAUUGCUUUUGAAAAUGACAAUCCAGGUUCCUGGUUGAUGCACUGCCAUAUCGCAUGGCAUUCCAGCCAAAGUCUCGCUCUUCAGUUUAUAGAAAGAUCAAAAGAGAUCCCUAAAUUGGUCGAGCCUGUUGCGCUGGGCUUUCAAAAAAUGUGUCAAACUUGGGACUCCUAUUAUAAUCGCUCACAAUAUCAGCAGGACGACUCCGGGAUUUGA